AUGGAUGAGCUGAAAAUUCUGUAUCGGAGAAAAGCGCGUGAGCUUCAUCCUGAUAGAAACUACUACGGUAACGUGGAAACUUCGACUGUUCUUUUCGCCGAGGUCCAAGCUGCUUAUGACGUCUUGUCGGACCCCCAGGAGCGAGCUUGGUAUGAUUCUCAUCUCACAAUCAAGAAAGGGGAAAGACACCAGGAGUCCAAAUUUUAUUGCGGUUCCAAUUUAACAACAACGGAGGAUAUAUUAGCAAUCAUGUUGACAUUCGCCCCUACUAUGGAGUUUUCUGAUCUUCGAUCCGGCUUCUUUGGAUCAGGACGGGCACUAUUCAAUCAGCUAGCAGAAGAAGAACAUAUCUCAUGCGCCCGGGAAAACUUGAGGUGUAUUGAAUAUCCUUCAUUUGGUAGUAGCGCUGACUCCUUUGAGUCAAUUCGAUCUUUUUAUGAUAUAUGGAGCUCAUUCUCGACCAAGAAGACUUUUUCAUGGAAAGACACGCAUAGAAACUCGGAUGCACCUGACAGAAGAACCCGAAGAUUCAUCGAGAGGGAGAAUAAGCGGUUACGGGAUGAGGCUAUCAGAGACUUCAAUACCGCGGUUCGAUCUUUGGUUCGCUGCAUAAAAAAAAAGGACCCCCGGUGCUCGGUACACUCUUUGAGUGAAACGGAAAGGCAACGAUCGUCUAGAUCUGCUGCGGCAACCCAGGCAUCUCGCUCUCGGGCUGCGAAUGAGGCACGGCUGGGAGAUUAUGCAGAACCGGAAUGGGCCCGGAGGGAAAACUUGGAGAAUGAUAUUCUAGGCACUGACCCUGAUUCUGAACAGGAGUAUUUUAAGUGUCUUCUCUGCCAUAAGACGUUCAAGAGUGAAGCCCAAUUCAACGUCCAUGAGCGCAGUAAAAAACAUGUGAAAGCGGCCAAGCAACUUCAUUAUAAAUGUUCGGAAUGA